CGAACAGGACUCGAGUACGAGCAUCACCCACGCUGGUCUUGGCUGAACGAGACGCAUCGGACUGAAGGGCGCACUCUGUAAACUUCUUUAGACUGCAAAACACCGACUCCCAUCACCAUGUCCAACUUGCUCAAGAGACUAGGGAAGCUACUACCCUUGGGACGGAACAAGCCGGUCGGUUACGAUCUCGACGGUAACCGUUUCUUUGAAUGGCCAAAUCCCGCUGGAGGUCGACCGAGAAGAUCUGUAGAAUACAAGAUCAAAAGAGACAUUCCCGACUACCUUGUACAGGAGCGACUUCCUGUCCAAUGGAUGUCAUGGCUAUCGCAUACGCGACUGGACCCACCAUCUACCGAAGAGCUGCAAAAGGAUCAGCAGCGUCGUCUCCGUUUGGCGUACAACGUGGCACAGAUCGAAGCCCGAGAUGCCGAGGAGACGGACCGAAGAAGACUUCUGACUUCACCUACCGAAUCGGCAGACUUUGACCCGUCAUCCCGUACGUCACCGGGCGCAUCGGCUGCGGCCAGUGCAUCGACCGUUCCCGUCGAUGCACCCGAAGCCUGGAACCGGGGCGACCCCUCCAAGACGUAUCCUUACGAAUCGCCAGCUUCGAGAGAGUCCAACAACGACCCCUACGCCUAUACCCCGCCCAGGCCUCAAUCUCAACACACGACGCCUCGCGAUACAUACGACCCGAAUGCACCGAUCGACAAUGACCUUCGUGCGAAAUCUCAGAGGGAGACUGAAUUGGCUCGACGUCGCAUGGAAGUUUCCAAGUCUCCCCUAUCCGGCUUUGUACCGAUCGAUCCGGGACAUUCGGAGCGAGCCGGCAGGGUUGGCAGCGAUUCCAUCAAGGGGGACGAGCGGCGCGGCGACGUAGACGCUCAGACCGAUCCGGGCUCAGUCGUCCCUCGCCCGCGAAGACGCGGUCCUGCUACCUCUGACAACAGAGGCGCACAAGAAUCCACCUCGAAGCCGAUCGAUCCUGAUGCUCUGGCGGCGAGAGGACGCGUGGGGAAGAGCGAGGUUCAGGAUGUUCAAGCGGGGUCAGAUCAGGAUAUCCGGGAAAAGGCGAAAGAGCUCGAACGCCGGAAAGAUGAACAGUAGUAGAAUCGAGCAUCUAUGAUGUUUGAGGCGCUGCACAACUUUAAGCCAUGAUGGUGUCUAUAUAUGCACACAGGACCACC